AGUUAAAAUAGGUAACCGUAACCGAAUAGAAAUUUUGAUAUUUUAUUUACCAAUGCACAUAAAAGAAAAUAUUUAAAAAAUUGUGUAUUUUACGAUAUGGACAGUCAAGUAUGUGGAGACGGUAGAUUAUUAGAUUUAAUUGAUGAAAUUUGGCAUAAAGAACGUUUGCCUAUAGAUGAUAUUUCAGUACCAAUAGCAGAAUUACCUGAUCCUGAAAGUGAUAAUGGUGAUUCUCACAUGACAUUGAAAGAAUUAGAACAAAAGUGGAAUAAUCUAGCUUUAGGAACUCUCAGUGAAAACCAUUUACAUUCUCCAACACCUUCUCAUAGUUAAAUAAGUAAUGGUUU